CUACUCCGAUUACAAUGAUUACAAAGAACUAUAUAUCACAUUCCUUGUGCAGUAGGAUUGUAAAAUUUAUCGAAAUCUAUAUAUAUAAACGUAUAUAUAGAUAAGAGCUAGUUGCAUUAGGACAGUCACCGUCGACUAAUGUGUAUGUUAUGGGUAACCGACUACACAACACACAUGUAACCAAUGGACUGGACAGAUCAGUAUUAGUCGUAAUUACUCAUCCUCAUCCGAAUGAACGUAACGACAAACUUCAUGUCGAUCCAGGAAAAACACGAAACGUUCCCACAGCACAAGGCAACGUAACAAUAAGUGUUUAUGACCCAGCAUCAACAGAUCCGUAUCCAUACGAAUGUAGGAAUUUACCAUCUGACCGUAAUGUUUAUAUUGAUAAGAAUGCACAGGGAAAACCAAAGAUAAGAUUUGUAAAGGAAGGUUCUCUUCGUGAAUGUAUUGGCAGUGAUUGGAAUUAUGAUCAGGCAUAAAUACACUGCAACAACUUAAUUAUUUGUAUGUAGUUUUGAUAUUUUAUAGUCGUUUGCAUGAUGUCAAGUUACGACGAAGCGACUAGAAAACUUCACAAAGAAACAACUGAUUAUGUGCAAGACUUUCUGAAUAAUGUUACGAAAUAUGCUGAAGAAUCUAUUCAUAAUUCAAAGCUGCGACAAGAAUAUAUUACAUUAGCCCAAAAAUCAGCCACGGACUUUCUUAAACUUUGCGAGGCUAGGGUAGAUGAAAAAUUUGCAAAGGCAAUUGAAAUAUGGGAUAGGGCUGCUAAAGAUGCAUGUAAACAGCGGAAUUUAUAUUUACAGUUGACAAGAAAAAACAUGAGCGCGGCUUCGUUGGCAUUUUCUAAAAUGGUGAAAGAUGAAGGAUUAACAUUUCCAAAAUUGAUUUCAAAAUACACAAAGAAAUAUUUUGAAAUGAAACCAUACGCAUCCCUAACCGAACAUGAUCAGAAAAAGGUAUUAAUGGCAAUCAUCGAAGCCAGUGGAAGAACAAACCCAAAUGUUGAUGCAUUUAGCUUGUGGACCGGUAGGGCCGGUAUGAUUUUUAUUGUGAUCACUGUAUCAUUAACUAUAUAUUUCAUUUGUGAAUCAGCAAAUCCAAAAUUAAAGGCAGUUAAAACAGCUGUUUCCCUUGGGGUUGGAUUAGUUGCUGGAAAAUAUGGUGGCGAGCUAGGGUCGAUUGUUGGGAGUUGUGGUGGGCCUAUUGGGGUAUUCAUUGGAGCCAUCGUUGGAGGGUUUCUAUUUGGCUGCUUUGCCAGUUUAGCCGGGGAAACCUUAGUGGAUCUUUUGUACAAUGCUUUUGUGCCUGCUGCAUCCGCUGGUCCCGGUCCGCCUCCAUUAGGUGUCAAAUUGAUUGAAAAUGGUCCCCCGCCUUUAGAUGUCUCAGGCGUAGUGCGUCCCCAAAUAUCACCGAUAAAUGAUAUGCCGAUGACUACUGGCCCUCCCUCUUUACGUGUCAAAGCGACAAUCGAUUUUCCAGCUCUAUGGAACUGAUGAGUUUUUUUCUAUUUCUAGUAUCAAAUUCACAUGAAACGUUUUAUUUUGUAAUUGAUGAAUUCAUUAAACUAGUGUAUUAUUACCCAUAAUGUUGUGUUGGGCACGAGGGACGUUCAUUAGAUUGUCAGUAAUGAGCUUCAAUUUCUCAAUUUCACAGGUGUAAAUGAAUCCAAUAGAACUGUAGUUGUUAUUCAAAUAGCUAGUGUAAACCAAUAUUUUAUUGACUUUUAAUUUUUUUAUUCCAUGUUUCUAGAAGCCUCUUGACCGAGUGGUUAAGGUCGCUGACCUCGCCGCCGUAUUGUGUUGACCGAGUCUGCAAUUCUCUUGUUAUUUUGUUGUGAAUAAUACUUCCGAGGGAUCACUUUGUUUCCAGAUUUUUGUUCAAAUCCCAGUUCCUUAUUGCUGGGCUUUUUUUGUUUAUUUUAAUUUUUUUCAGAACAGUUUUCUUUUUGUUAAAGGUGAAACAGUUAUAACAAAAAGACUUAAUUUUCUAAAUAUGGAAGCAUAUAUCUUAUAUAUCUGUAUACAUGUAUCUUUAAUUGAUCCCGUUCGUCCAUAUUUAAGUCUGUU